CAUUCAAUCGUAGACUCUAUGGUCGCUCCCGUAGAGUCCCAUGAGGAAGUGCGACUGGGAACCUCCUAUAUACUUCCGCUUCAGGCCCGCCUGCUUUCUUUUCGUGCCGGUAUCGUUCCGCAAACAUGGUGAACGUUCCUAAAACGCGCCGGACCUUCUGCAAAAAGUGUGGCAAGCACCAGCCCCACAAAGUAACACAGUAUAAGAAGGGCAAAGACUCCCUCUAUGCCCAGGGAAAACGGCGUUAUGAUAGGAAGCAGAGUGGCUAUGGUGGGCAGACUAAGCCUAUUUUCCGGAAAAAGGCUAAAACUACAAAGAAGAUUGUGCUGAGGCUUGAGUGUGUAGAGCCCAACUGCAGAUCCAAGAGAAUGCUGGCUAUUAAGAGAUGUAAACAUUUUGAACUGGGAGGAGAUAAGAAGAGAAAGGGCCAAGUGAUCCAGUUCUGAUCUUCAUUCUCAGUUUUGUUAUGAAUUGAAUAAAGUCUUUAGAUUAUUGUUCACUUAAUUUGUUUUUUGGGGGGAGGAAAUAACCUGGAGCCAUCAAUAAAAUUCCUCUUGGACAUUUGUAA